AGGAUCCCUAAAACCCUUCGGCUUUUCCCCGGCGCGCGAUCUCUUCCUCGCUGAAUUCUCCUCGUUGUCGCCGUCGAGUCUACCGCCGGAGAUGGGCGUCGGCGGAAGCUUCUGGGACCUUCUGAAGCCCUAUGCGCGCAAUGAGGGCAUCGAUUUCCUCCGCGAAAAGCGUGUCGCCGUCGAUCUCUCCUAUUGGAUCGUUCAGCACGACGCCGUCAUUCGAAGGCGGAAACCUAACGCUCGGAACCCUCACCUGCGCAACACCUUCUUCCGCACCGUCGCUCUCUUCUCCAAGAUGGGGGCGUAUCCGGUAUUUGUGGUGGACGGUGAGCCGUCGCCAUUGAAGUCGCAGGCAAGGAUUGAGCGUUUCUUCCGGAUGUCUGGCUUGGAUCCCUCGGAGCUGCCGAAACCUGUAGAAGGUGAGGGGGAGGUGACUCCCGUGAGGCAGAGGAACCGCUUCUUCACCAAAUAUGUGCGAGAAUGCAUGGAGCUCCUCAAACUACUAGGGAUGCCUGUUAUAGAAGCUCAUUGUGAAGCUGAAGCUCUUUCUGCACAACUAAAUCGUGAAGGUCAAGUGGAUGCUUGCAUUACUGCCGACAGCGAUGCCUUCCUUUUUGGAGCAAAAUGCAUUAUAAAGGGCUUAAGUUCUAAUUCUAAAGAGCCAUUCGAGUGCUACAAUAUAUCAGAUAUUGAAGCUGGCCUUGGUUUGAAAAGAAAACAAUUGAUUGCUAUUGCUCUUCUUGUUGGCAAUGACCAUGACUUACAUGGGGUUCCUGGGUUUGGUGUUGAUAAUGCUGUUCGCUUUGUGCGGUUGUAUUCUGAUGAUGAAAUUUUGGAUCGGUUAUCCAUGAUAGGGAAGGGAGAUCUAGAUAUAGAAAAUGGAAUUGCAACCAGUUCAACUAUGUUUUCUAUGACUGUUAAAUCCCCACACUGCACACAUUGUGGUCAUCCAGGCAGAAAAAGUGUUCAUAUCAAGAUUGCUUGUAAGCAGUGUGUCAUGAAUGGUUCACAUACAUGCAUGAAAAAGCCAUCUGGCUUCAAAUGCACAUGCUCCAGUUGUGAUGAGGCGCACAAACUCAAGGAGCAUCAAAGACAUGAAAAAUGGCAAGUUAAAAUGCAAAAAUCUAUUGCUGCUAUGCCUAAGUUCCCAAACAAUGAGAUCAUUGCAUUAUAUUUAAAUGAUAGCUAUGGGUAUUUUGAUGGGAAAGAUGGCCUAAUGCUCAAAUGGGAUAAGCCUAAAGUUGAGCAUCUGGUUGACUUCUUAAGUUUUCACCAGAACUGGGAACCCUCUUAUAUACGCCAGAAGAUGCUUCCUUUGCUAUGUACUAUUUACUUGAGAGAAAUAGCCUCUACUCAAAAUGAUAACUUACUUUUGAAUGACCAGUAUAAAUUUCACUCAAUUAUGCAACAGAAGAUCAAGCACGGUCAUCCUUUCUACUUAAUCAAAUGGAUGAGAGAUGCUAUUUGUACUAUCCAUUCUGUUUCUAAUGAACAAGCCGAACUACUCCCACUUCAGUCACCUGGAUCUGACGAGUCAAUUGAUCUAUUAGAUGAGCCAGAUGGUCCAACAAUUCUAGUAGAUGAUGGAUGUUUUUUUUUGUUGACGGAUGAAAAUAUGGAUCUCGUACGAGCUGCAUUCCCGAAGGAGGUUGAUAGGUUCUUGGAAUUAAAGAAGAGCAGAUGUAAAAACAAAGUUGAAACGUCCAUCAGAUUGGCAUCUCCUAUAUCGACUGAGGUCCAGCUUAGCAUUAAGCGGUUUUAUCGUUCUACAAAGGCUGUGGCUCAAGAUCAUGAGAAGGGUUCAUUCAUAGACAGUUCACCAUGCGGCAAAAGAGAGAAGCCAACUAACCUGGAUAAGAACUUGCCAAAGUCUGUCAGGAGACGGCUCUUAUUUGACUAGCUAAUGCUGCUUUCUUUCUCCCUUUUGAAUGCUUCUUCCGCAUGCCUGUAAAGUUUUUUUGAUGGUUCGUCUUUUCAUGUAAAUUUUGAUGAAACAAUAUUUUGAUAGACUGAUCAAGGAUUAAUCUAUA